GGUUUAGAUGCCCCAGACGCAGUUGUAGUGAGAAGAAUCCUCCUCCAUCACGCAGUCCUCCGCCACUCUACUGUCAUCUGGAGGAAAAAAAUCAGAAGCGUGCAGGACCAAAAAAGAGAACUCUGUUUUUACCUAACAGUGCCUCUGAUUUUGUGAAAGCAGUGUUCCUGCCUCAGAGUGCUUCCUGUGCCGAGGGGUGUGGUGUGGAGCGAAGCGGUCCGGGGAGUGCGUGGAGGGGUAGGAACCCUCUGCCUGUCAGCCUGUGUCCUACCCUUUCUCUCCCUACAACACCAUGACCACUGCGGUCCAGUCCAGCGAGCUUGUCUUUGAGUUCGCCAGUAAUGGGAUGGAUGAAAUCAAUCAGCUGGACGACCCUUCAGUUUUCCCAGCAGUGAUUGUGGAACAGGUGCCCGCUGCCGACCUCAUGCAGGUGUACUCUGGACUGGAGGCAGAUGAGGUGACUAAUGGCAUCAUAGUGGACGCCAUUCAGGAUGUGGUGGAAGAGAACAUGAUGGGAGAUGUGGGGCUUUCUGUAGAGACCCAGGUCUCAGGUGGAGAGGACAAUAUGGAGACCAUCGAGGCGGCUGAGGCCCUACUGAACAUGGAAUCUCCCAAUAAUAUCCUGGAUGAGAAACGCAUGAUUCACACAUACGGGAAUAUGCUGGAAUCAGACCUGACCUACAUUUCCCUGCGUCCAGAGCAGCUCUCAAACGGCUGCAUGGAUGUUUCCCUUGACGAGGAGACGUCCUCUUUGGAUGAGAUCCCUCAAAAGAACCCUUCCAAGCCUGCCAGGAAAAGCAAAGUGCGCAAACCAAGACCAGUGCGGCCCUGCUCCCCCAUCACCAAUCCAACUCUCCCGUUGAAGAAGAAGAGCAAAGAGGGCAAAGGUAAUACUAUCUACCUGUGGGAGUUCCUCCUGGCCUUGCUGCAAGACAAAAACACCUGUCCCAAAUACAUCAAAUGGACGCAGAGAGAGAAGGGCAUUUUUAAACUGGUGGACUCCAAGGCUGUCUCCAAGCUGUGGGGCAAGCACAAAAACAAGCCUGAUAUGAACUACGAAACCAUGGGCAGAGCGCUCAGGUACUAUUACCAGAGGGGUAUACUGGCCAAGGUUGAAGGACAGAGGCUUGUUUACCAGUUUAAGGAGAUGCCCUCAGAUCUGGUCAUUAUUGAUGAGGAUGAUAGCCAAGGGGACGACGCCAGUUCUGGCUACGGAGGGCAACGGUCCGCUCCUCACGGACGGGCAGUGGGCCGCGGUUCAUCACGUGCGCAGGGGAAGAGCACACAGGUGAAGUCAGUGAAGAGAGAGAUGAGUCCCGGGCUGAACAGCAAUGGAAAACAAGCAGAACAGCUGGUGCAGACCAUCCAUGUUCUUCAGCCAAAUCAAGGUGCUGCUGUCCCAGCAUCUACACACUCUGUAAGGACUAUACAUAUGCCAGGCUCUCUUCCCAUGGUCCUCACGUCAGGAGCUCAAGGAGGAGGUCCAGUCACCCUGCAGACCCUGCCGCUGUCCUCUGUUCUGACCAAUGGGAAUUCCUUCUCUCGUGCCUCGCCGCCUCGGGUCAUUCUCCACACUGUGCCUUCCACCAGCCCUGGCAGUAAAGAUGUGCUCACCAUCCAGACCGCCUCUCUGACCACAGACAGCAUCCAGACCCAGCAGCUCCUCGUGUCCACUCUGGGCUCAUCCAGUGGAGGGGUCAUCAGCACCACGCCACAGCAAGCCGGAUCUCUUAAUGGCAUCACCCGCCUGGUCACCCUCAAUGCCAACGGGCAGCCCGUCGUGGCCCAGCAGCCCGGAACGGUCAUCGCCACUGUCCUGAAGCCCAGUGAACUUCAAGGCCUGCAGGUGAAGGAGGAGAUCCUAGACCCGCAGUACCUCCAGUCUCUGGUCAACAGCAACCCUAGCAUGGCCUCGUACGGCAAUGAUGACCUCGAGGAAGGAGUGGCAGAGCUGAGCUACAGAACUGUGAUCAUCAACAAUGCAGGUCAGGAGCUGGGUCAGACCCUCAACGGACAUUCGGACGUGGGCUCGCAGCUGGCCAGCAGCCCUAGUGAGGGCCUGACCCCUGUGGAGGAGCUAGAAGUGAGAGGAGAAGUGGCUCUGCAUCCACAGCCUGAAGCUAAAGAGCUGUUGGAAGGCUCUCAAGGUCUGCAGGAAUUGCCGGGCACCAUGCAGAUACCCGCAUCCCACUUCAUCCAGGUCAAGGCGGAACCGGCUGAGACCUAAACUAGUGGCCAAAGCAGGGGAAUGUGGACACAAUCGACCAACAUGUGAAAAAAAAAAAAUACAGGAUUUUUUCAGUGGAGCAGAUUAUCUGUAAUUUAUUGCUCUUGAUUGUUUAGAAUGGCCGUUGACCCCCAAGACUGUUGUUUACUCAAAGUUAUUGUGAUAUUGUGCCUAAAUUCGAACUCUGAGGGAUACCGACCAUGAUGUCAUGAUGAAAGCUCUUUGGUUUGCUCUGCGUCACUCCCAAACUCCCAUAAGGAUAGCAGCCAUUCUCCAACCAGGGAUAUUCCCACCAUAUGUGCCAGUUGAGAUGUUUCUAUCUCUUAUCAUCUCCAUAGACAAAUCCAAAGACUUUAUCCAGCUGAGGGACCAAAGGAGGAGUUGGUGGGAAGCCAAAAAGAAACCAACAACACACCAUUGACUUUAGGAUUAAACACACACACACACACUCAGUUGCUUAGGACAUACAAUAUGGAGAAACAUUUGUUUAGUUUUUUCCUAUGUAGCUAUCUUAGUGAACUUCAAAAGGAUGCCUAUUGGAAUAAGACUGAAAGAGUGCCUAGGUGGUUAAUGCUUUGUUUUGGAAGUGAUGUUUUGAAGGGGAAGAUUGUAUGAUUCACUCUGUUUUUAAAACAGAAUUAUGACAUUAUCUCAUCCCCCUCAUACCAUCAGAACUGAAGAGGUUAUUAUUUUUCAUCACACACAAAUUUAAAAGCACUGCGCUUUUAUGGAAAUGGGCAUUGCCUGUCCAAAGAGACAGUUCUAGUAGACUUUGUUUGUAUAUAGUAACAGACUAGAGAACAUAGUGACAAAUUCCAAAAUCAUCUGCAAAGUAUUUCCCCAUUAUAAUCUUGUUCAUAUGAAAUGGAACGCAGUAUAUAUAAAUAUAUAAUAUACAACUAAGAUUCAAUUUAUGGCCACAAAUUUAUUUAUUUUCUGAAUUUCUAAAUUCUGUAUAAAAAGUCUUUUUUAAACAAAUGCAAAAAUGAGGGAAAGUAUGCAGUAUGUAGGGCUGUUUUACCCAUAAGACUCCAGUAUGUGUGUGUAUUGCUGUAUUUUUCCAAUUUAAAGCAUUCCAUGUAAUCCGCACACCUUUCAUAUUUUAUCUAUUUUUCAAUAUAAGGGGAUCUGAAUGUAGCUUUAUGAGAUUGAGCUAUCAUGCUGUUCUUAUUCACUGUGAUGUGUUUAAAGCCAUUUUUACAGAGCGUACGUGCUAUAAAUGCUAUGUCCUUUGGUUUCUGCCUUUACGCUGUCAUACUUUUACCCAGUAUCGACCACAUAUCGUUCGACUGAUGCCUUACACGACUGUUUUUCAGAUCACAGCUGGUGUGGUCUGUGACAUUUAGGUAGAUUUUAAAAAUGUAUUUAUUUGUAGUUGAUGUAGUCAGCUGUCCAUGGCCUCCGUUCCUUCCUCGCCUUCUAUUGAUUUAUAUCCAAUGAAUCUAGAGCACAGUCUCUUAAUAGCGGCAUCUCCACAAGUAAACAGAGUGGAUGCUGGAGACAUGUUGAAACGAAACUAAAUUUGUGCUAAAUUGGAAGAAGUGACUGAAGUUGUUGAGGGUAAAUGUGGACUGGAUUCUCAGAAGACGACCAGACGCUGAUCAUGGGCAGCAGGCUUCUGCCUCUAAUUCUGUUUGACUAACACCAGAACUCUGGUGCUGCUCCGACAAUCAUGGCUACACCUUGUAUUAUGCAAUAUUAUGUCAAUAAGACAAUCAGUGACCUCAUCAUAAUAGAAGAAAAAUGUCCUUCUGGCCACCAUGUAAUUUUCAGACCUGGUCUUGUUUGAAAUAUAUGUUGACCACAGGCUUUAACACUCUGUUGUUUUUGGGUAAAGGUAUGCCAGUGCUCUUGCUAUAAUUUAAUCUUGCCUUUUCUCUGGGCUUUCCUUUUUUUCCCAAUUGUCUUAUAGUAGACUAGAUUUUUUUC